UCAGGUUUAAGGUUUUUUGAACGACUGAUUUCAUCACAACUGAACAAUGCAAAUGAUUGUUACGCACCUGCUACUGGUUCUGAUUGUCAUCCAGUCCAUCACUACUGAACAACCAGGGAAAGCAACAGAUGAUUGGGGAGACAGUCCAGCGCAAACUUUAAUUAUUAACGGUGAAGAUACUGAAAAGGGAGAGUACCCCUUUAUGGUACGUGUGACGACACUAGAGGGAGACCACAUGUGUGGAGGGUCUCUAAUAAGUCCCCGGAUAGUUCUCACUGCUGCCCACUGUGUAGUGUUUGAUGGUGUAAAGAUAAGUGUAGAGAUGGAACGUGUGGUGGUGGGGGACCACACCAGUGAAACUGAGGAAAGUGAGCAGAUUGCGGAGGGUAGUCGUAUUAUUGUUCAUGAUAACUACCAUCUCGACCAACUCGGAGUUCCUAUGAACGACGUGGCGCUGAUAGUACUGAAGGAAGAAGUAAGAGUAAAAGAGGGCGUGGUCGCCACCAUUGCACUAGCAGAGGAUAACAGUCAUUACACAGAAGGGACCUCUGUUACUGUGAUAGGAUGGGGAGUGAUUGGAGACGAGGGAGAGUAUGAGGACCUUCCUAUUGCAGACACCUUACAGGAACUAGUGUACCAGAUAGCCAACAAGGACGAGUGUGAGCAGUAUUGGGCAGAUGAUUAUGAGAAAUAUGAAGAUAUGUACGGAGCUGUUGACUAUGAGCUGGAAAUUCCCGAGAGCACCAUGUGCGUGAUUGAUCCUGAUCGGGAGGCUACUGCCUUUGCUGGGGACUCUGGAGGCCCACUUUUCGUGAAAUCUGGAGAAAACUUCGCACAAAUAGGCUUAGUGAGCUGGGGAGCAGGGGACGCGAAAGAGAAAGCGUACAAUAUGUUCCUUAACCUCCACCAUUAUACUGACUGGGUUAAAGCUGCCAUGAAGCGAGCUGAAGCAGAGUCAUGGUUGGAACUGCACACGGGAGCUAACCAUGGGGUGGUGGUGAUACACGAUAACACGGGACACAAGACCACUAUUUGUAAUGACAAUGUGGGUAAAGACGAGGUGAAUGCUAUUUGCAGAGAACAGGGCUACAAAAUGGGAGUUCUCGCUGACGUUAGAGAGUACAGACCAGAUAGGAAACGUAGAAACCAGGAUGGAGAUACCACACCAUUCGGGCAGACAAAUCUGAAAUGUAGUGCUGAGGCUAAAGAUGUGAUGUCGGAGUGCACAAUGGAUAAGUACGGCGAGUCUGAAGUGCCGUGUUUUAGCGGGGAGGAACUAGCAGUGAAGUGCGCUAACCAGGUGUGGCACUUCAAGGUAACCCGCAUUGUGCCCAAAACUAGGACCGUUAAAGGUACCAGCUUUGUAAAGGGUAAAGUAAUCUGUGAGGUUACCGCUAGCAAAUAUGGUAUGAACCUGGAUUUGAAAUCUCACGUGAGAGUAGGCCUAGUAAUGAGAGGAGUAGAUGGUGUAGAGGAAGUAGAUGCUGAUAUGAAGUACAAGAGGAGGAUGAACGCUUAUACGUCUAAAGUUAAAUCUACAGACGAAAUAAAGGAGGAGGAAUGUUUUGCUUGCAUUGCUUACGUGGGAGGCACCACAAUCUACACUGUAGCAACACAUGGUCCUGAUGAUUGUCCUGACAUUGACCAACAUUACCAGCAGUGGGUGAAGGAGCAAGGCGACCAGAAUUAGUCGAGAUUUAGUGUAUUGUAUAAUUUGGCCUUAAACAAUUGUAAAGACUCACUGUUUAUUGUUUAAUAAUGCUUUAACUCUUUUUAGUUGUUUUACAAGUUUACAAUCACUCACAUUACUUAUUGAUAAAUUUAAAA